AUGCCUGGCCGCCAUAAUCUCACGUGGACAUAUGAGAUUGAGGAAAAUAUAGAAUUCAUUUCGGAGGCGAUGACCACGAUGGCACCUUCGUUAUACGCUCUCCACACCAUACAUAUCAAAAUCAGCGAUGUCAAUUAUAUCUGGAAGCAGCUGUUCAUGGGUCCAUGGCGUACAUUAAUUGAAGCAAUCUUUUCACUCUCUGCCCUGGAAUCGCUGGAGUUGGAAGAAGCUCCGUGGUUCGCCGGGGAUGAAGCUUUCCCUUCAUUCACCUUACGCCACACCAAUCUGCAGCGGUUCCUCUAUCGGGCUCCAUUUAUAUGGUCUCUUGAAGCUAUUCGAACACCAGAAUAUGGGAGAAGAAGCACGGGGCAGCUGACCAUCGAGACCCAUAAUUUGCGGCUCUUGCUCGAUGCCAAUCGAGAGACGCUGGAGAUACUGGAACUGCCUGGGGAGCUAGUUGAUGGCCUCCUCGAUCCAUCCUUUCCGUUGUUGAGAGAACUGUCCCUUUUUAGGUACGAAUCCGAGAGAGUCAUACAUGAGCUUGCGCCCUACCACCACAAUCUCAGCUUCAAAAGCAGCAAAUCGAGUUCGCUCUCAGUGGUCCCCUUCCUCGAUUCCCAUCACAUCGCACCUGACGCGUCGUCAGAUAGCCAAGAUGCGAUCCUUGACGCUGUCGAACCCUUGUCCCGACGAUUCUUUGUUCAAUAUGAUACCGCCAGACAUAGAACAUCUAUCGCUGAUUUCAUAUCCUGA